AGGAUAUAUUAUGUAUUUUGUAUUUGCUCAGAAUAUUUUGCAAGUUGUGUUGACACUAUGUUUGCUACUGCUGAGACACGAGCUUGGAGCAGUUCCGGCACCUGUCCUCUUAAGACUUUUUCCAGACAGUGUCUACACAAACUGGAUUAUUAAUAAGAUUAUAGGAAACCCAGUUCCACGAGGAGAUGUUCAACUACCACCGGGAUUUGGACCAAUGUGUGCUCCACCACUUCCUCCGGGUGGUUUGCAUGACCAACCACCACCGUCUAACAUAGAUGUGUGCUUUAUACUACAAGUCUCGUGUCAUAUCUCAAGUGAUCAAAUCUCGAAUGCUAGGAAUAUAAUGGCUGAGAUCGCUGAUAGGCUGUCGGAAGAAGCAUACAUCGGUGCAGUAACAUACAGUGGCAGAGCAAACGUGAGGAUACCUUUGGGGACAAAUUCACGACAAAGUGGGAGUAACAUCGCAAGAGCAAUCCGAAAGAUGAGUAACACUUUGGAUAAUUGUCAACAGUGUAAGGCGAGAACCCAUGAAGCACUUCGAGCUUGUAAUGAACAAUUUAAAAGCAAUGGAAGAGAUGAUACGUUCUAUCCGAAUCUCAUUGUUAUUUUCACAGAUGGAGUCUCGUUUGAAACUAAGUUUGACUUCGAAACGCCAAGAUUGCAAACGGUUAAGCAGGCAGAGAUAAAUAAGAAGGCAGGUAUAAUUACAUUGGUAGGUUCCUUUAAAAACCCUGAAGGGGCAUACACCGGGACAAUGGAAUGGUUGAAUAUACUGGCACCUAGUUCCAUAGAGGGAAUGAGAGGUCUUCGACAUCCGUUUGAAGUUAUGAGCGAUGAUCCGCAAUUUUCCAGGUUCAAUAUAGAUAGGGAUAUUGUUGACGAUAUCGUGAAUGACAUAUUCACGUCGGUACCUAUAUGUUCAACUCCAUGUUCCCAAUUUGCUGAUGUUGUACUUGUAUUAGAUCGAUCCGAUUCUAUAAGAGCCGAGGACUUGGAUAAAACGUUGAACUUUUUCCGCGAGUUCAUUGGAAAAUCCAUAGUUCAUUGGAAAUCUGGAUUACAAUUUGGAAUAUUGACAUAUAAUUCAGGAGUAUACAUACACUCACAACUUCGUGAGCAUACAACUAUAAUUGAAUUACAACGAGUCAUAGAUAGAAUUCCAAGAACAACUGCAAAAUUUACACAAACAGACAAAGCUAUAAAUGAAGCUAUACGACAGCAUAUACUGCGUGGUAGACUGGACGCACGUAUGAUCGUCAUAAUAGCAACGGAUGGACGGUCCUGGCAUACAGGUUCUCCGUUUCCUACCUCAAAAGACACAAUUGCCGCAGCCAAUCAAGCCAAGUUAAGGGGCAUCGACGUGUUCGUUGUAGGGUUACCGAAUUAUCUUGAAUUGAACACUGGUUAUCGAACAGAAUGGCGUUUUGUGGCAUCUAAACCUGUUGAGUGUUCGGUGAUCAACAUGCAAUCCCCCAAUGUCACUUACGAUGACCUUUAUAUUGUGGGCAUUAUGUUAACCAAUGAGCUUUGCAAACCAAGCCUCGAUUCAUCGAACUGUAUAUUUCGAGGGACAUAAGACAUCGGUUGAUAAAUACAGAGCACAAAAAGUACAGUGUGUCAAAUAAGUCCCGUCCCCCUGCUACAGCUAAAA